AUGGCUUUGAGCUCCAGGGCGCACGCUUUCUCCGUGGACGUUUUAGUGGGCAACUCGGGGAAGCGCAAACUUCUGGAUUUGGAAGAAGAGGAGCGCUCUGCUGAGAAAGCAGCCGAGAAGACAGUUUUCGGGAAAAACCAGGCGCCAGAAAAGAAAUCUAAGGGAGAAACGGCGGGCUCCCUCCCGGAGGAAACCAGAGAAGGGGUCGGAGCGAUCCAAGUGGACCUGCAAGGUUCGGAAUUGUGGAAGAGGUUUCACGAAAUCGGCACUGAAAUGAUUAUCACCAAAGCUGGCAGGAGAAUGUUUCCGUCGGUCAGAAUCAAAGUGAAAGGUCUGGAUUCGAUGAAGCAAUAUUACAUCGCCAUAGACGUGGUGCCGGUCGAUUCGAAAAGAUACAGGUAUGUCUACCACAGUUCCCAGUGGAUGGUGGCUGGAAACACAGACCAUUCCUGCAUCACACCCCGACUUUACAUCCACCCAGAUUCCCCUUGCUCUGGAGAGACCUGGAUGAGGCAGAUCAUCAGCUUUGAUCGAGUGAAACUGACCAACAAUGAGAUGGACGACAAAGGGCAUAUUAUUUUGCAGUCCAUGCACAAAUACAAGCCAAGAGUCCAUGUCAUUGUCCAGGAUUCCCGGUUUGAUCUGUCCCAGAUCCAGUCACUGCCAGCAGCAGGCGUUCAGACCUUCUCAUUUAAAGAAACUGAAUUCACCACUGUCACAGCCUAUCAAAACCAGCAGAUAACAAAACUGAAGAUUGACCGGAAUCCCUUUGCUAAAGGGUUUAGAGAUCCUGGAAGAAACAGAGGAGUAUUGGAUGGACUUCUGGAAUCAUAUCCGUGGAGACCAUCACUUACCCUGGAUUUUAAGUCUUUUGGUGCAGAAAGUCAGGGUGGAAGUCCUGGGUCUUCCCCUGUGACACCCCCCGGGGGAACACCAUCUCCUCUCAGCUCUCUUCUGUCCCCCUCUUGCUCUCCUCCUACACUCCACCUGUCAGCAAGCAACCUCAGAAUGUCAUGCCCGGAAUCUUACCUCCACCACUUUGGCCUCCCCGUCUGCUACAAGAUUUGCCCUACCAGCCUUUUAAGACAGCCAUCGCUGAUAUUCCCAAGCCAUCCUAAACUGGGAAAUGCUUCCAGCCCACCCCUUUUGCCUCACUUCAUGGUGGAGAUGCCUGCACUGUCUUCUCUGAGCAUAACCAACGUCAAAAGUGGCAAAGCAGAAGACUUAAAUGGAGCAAGCCCCCAAGGGCCCAGUUCUGCCGGGCAUAUGCUGUAUGGCUUGCAUGCAUCUGGAAACAUUUUCCCAUCAAGUCCCAUUACCCAGGAAGCCCUUAAUUGUGCCUUACAUCCUCCAUAUGGUUUCUACGGCUAUAACUUCUCGAUGCCAUCCAGGCUGAUGAACACAACAGGACAUUUCAAAGCGAACGACGGUGUUCCAUCCCCUCUCAGAGAGAGCAGGUGCAACCACUCUCCCUGGCCUUCUGCAAUUAACCACUGCCUCUAA